CCCAUGGCUUUGCAGGAACUGGGCAUCAGCCUGUCCAUGGCCGGCGUCGCUGGGACCAUCCUGAUCUGCGCUCUGCCCAUGUGGAAGGUGACGGCGUUCAUCGGCACCCACCUGGUGGUCAUGCAGGUGUUCUGGGAGGGUCUGUGGAUGUCCUGCGUCAGCGAGUACACGGGUCAGAUGCAGUGUAAGCUCUAUGACGCCCUGCUGGACCUGGCGCUGGACCUCCAGGCGGCCCGCGGCCUCAUCUGUAUCAGCCUGGUGCUGGGCUGUUUGGGCUUCCUCAUCUUCCUGCUGGGAGCACGCUGCACCAACUGCCUGAGCCACCCCAGGAUCAAGGCUCGGGUGGUGCUGAGCUCCGGGGCCAUCUUCUGCUUGGCGGCCCUCGCCACCCUGCUCGCUGUUUCCUCCACGGCCAACUCCAUCAUCAUGGAUUUCCACAACCCACGCGUCCCCGAGGUGCUGAAGCACGAGCUCGGAGCAGCCUUGUAUGUAGGCUUUGUGACGUCUGGGCUGCUGUUCUGUGGGGGGGCCAUUCUGUGCUCCAGCUGCCCGCCACGGAGGGCCCGGUUCCCCUCCGGAGGGUACACGCUGGCCAGGACACCCACCCGCAGCAGCUACGCCAUCAAGAACUAUGUGUGA